UGGAAGGGUCUGAAGAAGUUCUCCAGGAGAAUAAGUAGAGCUGCCCGACCCGCACUUAUUUCAUCCGGGAAGCAGGAGCUUAAAGCGGUGUGGUAGCUCUGUGUGUGAUUGUGUGAGUGACAGCAGGAUACCUGUGUAAAGACUGCAAAACUCUGUCCGCCUUCUGAACUGUAAGAGCAGGUCUCGCUGUCUGAGCGGCUAGCUGGUUAGCUAACAGUGUGUCUAUAGACUAAAAUGAACUCCCAUCUGAACGGCUUCCACAACGACUCCUUCAUUGAUGAAGACUGCUUCCUCUUCACUUCUGAAUCGGUCGGAGAAGGACACCCCGAUAAAAUCUGUGACCAGAUCAGUGAUGCUGUGUUGGAUGCACACCUCAGACAAGACCCUGAUGCCAAAGUAGCAUGUGAGACUGUUGCUAAGACGGGGAUGAUCCUGCUGGCCGGGGAGAUCACCUCCAGGGCCAACGUUGACUACCAGAAGAUCGUCAGAGACGCAAUCAAGCACAUCGGCUAUGACGACUCCUCCAAAGGCUUUGACUACAAGACCUGCAAUGUGUUGGUGGCUUUGGAGCAACAGUCCCCUGACAUUGCUCAGGGUGUUCAUCUGGAUCGGAAAGAGGAGGAUGUAGGAGCCGGCGACCAGGGCCUGAUGUUUGGAUAUGCAACUGAUGAGACUGAGGAGUGUAUGCCCCUCACUAUUGUCCUGGCCCACAAGCUCAAUGCCAAGAUGGCCGAAUUACGCCGAAAUGGAACACUGCCGUGGCUCCGACCCGAUUCCAAAACUCAGGUGACCGUUCAGUACCGUCAAGACCGGGGCGCCAUGGUGCCCUUGCGUGUCCACACCGUUGUGGUGUCUGUGCAGCAUGAUGAGGGUGUAUGUUUGGAUGAGAUGCGUCACUGUCUGAAGGAGCAUGUGGUGAAAGCCGUGGUUCCCAGUGGCUAUCUCGAUGAUGACACCGUAUACCACCUGCAGCCCAGUGGCCGCUUUGUCAUUGGAGGACCGCAGGGUGAUGCCGGUCUGACUGGGCGUAAGAUCAUUGUAGAUACUUACGGGGGUUGGGGGGCUCACGGAGGUGGAGCCUUUUCCGGGAAGGACUACACAAAGGUAGAUCGCUCUGCUGCCUAUGCUGCCCGCUGGGUGGCCAAAUCUCUGGUAAAAGCUGGGCUCUGCAAGCGUGUGUUGGUCCAGGUAUCCUAUGCUAUUGGAGUCGCCCAUCCCCUCUCGAUCUCCAUCUUCCACUAUGGGACAUCCCAGAAGAGCGAGAAGGAGCUGCUGGACAUCGUGAAGAAGAACUUUGACCUCCGUCCAGGAGUUAUCGUGAGGGAUCUUGACCUGAAGAAACCCAUCUACCAGCGCACAGCAGCUUACGGUCACUUUGGUCGUGACGUUUUUUCAUGGGAGGUGCCCAAGAAGAUGAAGUACUGAACCUCCUCCUCUAAUCUCCCAGCGGGCCUUAGGUGUAUUACAGAUAAACCUAUGUGUUUGUCUAACUCCCUCCUUCCUCCUCCUCUUUCUCCUCCUCCCUCUCCUUCCUUCUCGCACAAACAGCCACAUCACCACAGCCUCUACUACAUGAAAAGAUACCCUUUCCCCACCUAUUGGUGUUGUACACAUCCUUCAACAGAAUACAAUAGUAUUUCAGUUGCCAAGAUAUUCACCUGAACAGACAUGAAAAGAGUGUGCGUAUAGAUUUGAGCAGUGCUGCCAGCUUUUAUUCAUCUUAGUUGUGGUGGCUCACCUCAUUAUUAUUAUUAUUUUUUUUAUUUUUUUUUUUAGUUUCCUGACACUGAUAGGUAUUAUUGACAGUUUAUCUGGACCAUGCAAAUAUUUACCAGUCAUGAAAACAUUUCUGGUAUUCCUCAGCUUUUAAAAUCAAAAUCUCACUGCAGUUUAGUUGUAGGAGUGAUCAGUGAUUGCCAUCCUCUCUAAUGGCAACACGUCAUUUUCCAUUUCACCUAACAUUGUUGGGUUAAUAGCCAUUUUGUGUUGCAUCACCUCAUUUCCCCCUCACGGCACACACCCUCCCUGCUUUUGCAAUUUUUAUGGCACAAAUGGGGUCAAACACUUUCUAUAAAACCUGCUAAUUUUUGUAUUUGUGCUGUCCCUUCAGGCCAUGUUUUUCUGACGUUUUACAGAGAAGUCAGAAGCUGCUAAUGACCCUGUGGUUAUGUUGGGCUGCACCAUGAAAUCACUCCAUUUUUGUAAUUUAUUUUGUUGGUUUUAAAUGUCAUGUGAAUGUUUCAGAUGAUGUUGAAUGUGUCAAUGUUCUACUGACCAAGAUAAAGACGUGAUACAGUACUCACCCUGCCUGAGACUGACUCUGGGAGUAGCUACAGAGAAACCCAGGCUCAGUAGCAUCUGGACAGGGUCUGCCGUUAUCCAAUGGCAACACUGUACUUGAAAGAUUUAUAUAGUGGCAUUUGACUAUUGUGGGACCUAAUAGUUUGACUUGCAAGGAAGGACAACUGAAAAAUCUAAGACACAAGUUACAUUAUCUAAACUGUUUUCGACUCAGUUGCACACGUUUCGGGCCCUGACAUCUUUAGUCACUCCUGCCUACAGUAUAAAAAGUGCACUGGUAUGGAUAAAGAACAGUGCCACAGCCAGACCAAGACAAAGAGAUAAGAGGCAGCGCACAAUCAGCUUAGUGAAUGUAAGACAUUACUGCUCUCGUCUUCUCAGCAGAGUUAAGUUUCGUACAAAUGAGAACAUGGGAUCAGAUAUGUAACUUUAUGCUUGUGGAUUUUGAAUCUUCCACUGGAACUGCACAGCACAUUAUUUCUUGAAGUUACCCAAAAAUGCAAAGGCUUCUGUUUUCAAUGUUACACGCACAGUAGUUCAAAUCCAAAUGAAUGUCGAGCUUGCAGCUAAAACUUUUCUUUUUAUUUAUUUAUUUAUUUGUUUUUUAAAAAACCGUAUUCAUUCUCUGCACCAUCACACUGUGUGUCAUGGAUGGCACAAGUCACAAGUUUUCCUAUCUUCCUUUUUACUUUGUAAGAAAUGUAGAUAAGGUGAGAGAGGAAAUGUUCCAGAGACCUUGGCCAGGUUUGAACCCAAGUUGUUGUGAAUACACAGUAUAUGCCUUUUUGAAUGCUUCCUAAGUCACCCUGUUCCUUGACUUUACUCCUGGAUGUGUAUCCACACAAUAUAGAUGCAUAGUUGAUGCUAAGCCAGCUGUAAGCCUGAGUGAAAUUAGUAAUCACUGUUAGAAUCACCACAGUAGGUCCCUGGUCUGAGCUGUGUGCACAGUUAUUGUCUAAAAAUGUCUUCAUCGUGUAGCUAGAUGGCACUGUGUCCCCAUAAACAAUACUCAAUUGAAGAUUUUUUUUCUACUGUAAUAACACUGAUAUGUCGUCUUUAGUUUGACUCCUCUGGCAUCACCUUGUGGUUCCUUGAGUGUAUUACAGAGAAACCUCAUACAGGAGCCACAGAGUGGUGCUGUGAAAGCAGUUUAAAUUGAUCUAUCUGUGAUCAUCUGGUGAAAUGACUUAACCUCUCAAAGAUUUUUUUUUUUUUUUUUAAUAAUAUGUUUGCGUCUUCUAGCUCAUCCACAGACAAGGCAAAUGAUUGGUUGGUGUUGUACAGAGAAACCAGCCUGUUUACAUGGUCUCCUGUGGGUGGAAGAGUUUGAGGAUAUUUUUUCUUUCUCUGUAAAAUAAUUUUUUUAAAAGAUUGGAAGUGAGUCUGUCAGUGUGGUCGCUGAAUGUGUGUUAAAGUGCCUUUUCUAAUUUUCAGCAAUGCCCCUUUCCCAUGCCCCCAAAUAUCUGACUCCUUGCCUAUUGACCCUGCCCCCACCCAGUUUUUACCCCGAGGCUGCGAAGUUGCCCUCUUCAAUAAUUCACACUGAGGAGUCUGACUUGUUGUUGAGUUUCUCUUUUAAACCCUUCAAAUAAACUGCACGCUUGCUUGUGCUU